AUGUCGUUCCCAACAAAAAAUGCAUUUUUCCCUCUUUUUCUUCUUGACUGUAAAUUUCUCCUGUUUGACACCGCCGCCGCCGGCGAGAAACCCAACAACAGCAUUUCAACAAUCCCCGUCGAAGACGAAGAGAUCAUCGGAUCCAUGGUCAUGGGUACGACCCCAUCUUAUUCAUUGGAGUCUAAAUUGGGAGACUGCAAACGCGCUGCAGGUGUUCGACACAAGGCCUUAAAGAGAAUCACUAGCAAAAAUCUCAACGAUAUACCUAUUGAUGGGUUCGAUUACGCCUCCAUCCUCAGCCAGUGCUGCGAGAUGCCGGUUGGGUUCGUCGCAUUGCCCGUUGGCAUCACGGGCUCGCUGGUUUUGGAUGGGAGGACUUACUACGUUACGAUGGCCACGACCGAAGGGUGUUUGGUUGCAAGCACGAACAAAGGGUGCAAGGCUAUCGGGGAGUCAGGUGGGGCCCAGAGUGUUGUGCUUAGGGAUAGGAUGAUGAAGGCCCCGACAGUGAGGUUUAUGCUUAGGGUGCAAGGCCAUUAG